GUAGCGCUGCAGCAGCCAGCAGCCCGUGGAGAUGCACACACUUUGAAUGAAAGUCGUCAAGUGUUGCAGACUGAAGACUUUUAGCGUCUUACAAUAUAUGAACGCAGAAAUUGCAGUUGGGUGUAUCUAGCGGGACUUUAUCACGCACUUUGACAACAUUCAUACCUUUGGCGACAGGUAGGUGUUUCACUUCCGAGUCAAAGUACGCCGCUUGUCUGCGUGUGAAGGAGCGACCAGGCGGCGUGUGUGUGACAAUGCGGCGGCUCACGGCGCAGCUCCUCGCCGGGCUGUUUGCGGCGGUGCUUGUGCGGUGUCGGGCGGACGGCGGCGGCGGCGGCCCCAGCCUGGCGGAGAGGGUGAUCUGGGCUGUCAACGCCGGAGGGGAGUCGCAUGUGGACGUGCACGGCAUCCACUUCAAAAAGGACCCCUUGGAAGGGAAAGUCGGUAAAGCAUCGGAUUAUGGGAUGCGCCUGCCGAUCCUCCGCUCCAGCCCUGAGGAUCAAGUUCUCUACCAGACCGAGCGCUACAAUGAAGACACUUUUGGAUAUGACAUCCCCAUUCGUGACGAAGGCGACUAUAUACUAGUCAUGAAGUAUGCAGAGGUUUACUUUGCCCAGUCACAGCAAAAGGUGUUUGACGUUCGACUAAAUGGCCAUGUGGUGGUGAAGGACCUAGAUAUCUUUGAGCGAGUGGGUCACAGCACCGCACAUGAUGAAAUAGUGCCCUUCUCCAUUAGACGGGGCAAGCUGAGUGUACAAGGAGAGGUGUCAACUUUCAACGGCAAGCUCACAGUUGAGUUUGUAAAGGGAUAUUAUGAUAACCCCAAGGUCUGCGCUCUCUAUGUGAUGAAAGGAACACCAGAAGACGUACCAAAACUGCAGCCUCACCCUGGCUUGGAGAAGCAUGAGGAAGAGGAGGAAGAUGUCGAGGUAGGAGAUGACGUCGGGAAGAAGAAGCUCCCACCAGAUUCCAAGCCCAGGGUCCAGUCGGGCCCCCGAACACCAAACCCGUAUGCGGCUGACAACAGCAGCCUAAUGUUCCCCAUCCUGGUGGCGUUUGGCGUCUUCAUCCCCACAUUGUUCUGCCUCUGUCGGCUGUGAGAGACCAGGACGGACAUGAAGACUGUGUGACAGCCAUGGCCUGUUGUAUUCUCCACAUGUUGUCCGUCCAAGUCGUGGAAUGAAGAUGUGCCCUUUUUGUCUUUUCAAACCAAAGACUCGCCGUCCAACACGGCGUUCUAACAAGACGCCUUCCUGGCGUCUUCGCGUCAAGAAAUCAGGGAAGUAAACGAGCCGUUACCCCCUUUUUCAUCAAAUCGCUCUGGUUUUAUUUUCUAAUCCGCUCUCUGCUUCUUCCUCGCCUUGUCUUGUCAUUUUUAAAGCAGUUUUGUACGCCAGCUGAUUUUGAAGCGGAGACGCGGCCAAAAAAACCUCAGCUGGCGUCUCCAGCGCCCGGGCAGUGUGUGAGAUAGUGUGUGUGUGAACCUACUGAAGGACGUGUGCAGGAAGGGAAGGGAUUCACGUGGCCAGAUCCACCCAGGUAAUCAUUUUUGCAAUCACGUCUGCUGGAAAUGAUGGAAAGUGCCAUUCUUCAUAGCAACUGACGCUGUGGUCAGAGUUGGAAUUGGCACAAAACACAUUUUAGGACGUACUUGCCAACCCUCCCGAGUUUUCCGGGAGACUCCUGAAUUUCAGUGCCUCUCCCGAAAAUCUCCCGUUCUGUGGUUACUUUUUGGUUGGCCAACGGUUUACGUUGUAUUGCGCACCCUGACGGCAAGUGCGGGAGUGGGUUCUGAAGUACGAAGUAAAGAGACGUAACUUCAUCACCUCGCCUGGUUAUUGACUCCCACCCAGAAUAUUACACUGCCCAUACCAGGGGUCACCAACGCGGUGCCCGCGGGCACCAGGUAGCCCGUAAGGACCAGAUGAGUAGCCCGCUGGCCUGUUCUAAAAAUAGCUCAAAUAGCAGCACUUACCAGUGAGCUGCCUCUAUUUUUUAAAUGUUAUUUAUUUACUAGCAAGCUGGUCUCGCUUUGCCUGACAUUUUUAAUUCUAAGAGAGACAAAACUCAAAUAGAAUUUGAAAAUCCAAG